AUCUCUCACUCACUGUCUCUCUUAGCAUCCAUGUCUUCAACACAAGAAGCUUCCGUUACUGAUUUACCCGUGAAGAGACCUAGAGAAGCAGAGGAAGACAAUAACGGCGCCGCCAUGGAAACAGAGAACGGUGGAGGAGAGAUAAAGGAGCCUGCUUGUAUGUCCUCUGUUAUUCCUGGAUGGUUCUCUGAGAUCAGUCCUAUGUGGCCAGGAGAAGCACAUUCUCUGAAAGUAGAGAAGAUUCUAUUCCAAGGAAAAUCUGAUUAUCAAGAUGUUAUUGUUUUCCAGUCUGCAACAUAUGGAAAGGUUUUGGUUUUGGAUGGAGUGAUACAACUCACUGAGAGAGAUGAAUGUGCGUAUCAAGAAAUGAUCACUCACCUUCCUUUGUGCUCUAUCUCCAACCCCAAAAAGGUCCUGGUUAUUGGAGGAGGAGAUGGAGGAGUCUUGCGGGAAGUGGCACGUCAUAGUUCUGUUGAGCAGAUUGACAUUUGUGAGAUUGAUAAAAUGGUGGUUGAUGUGGCUAAGCAGUAUUUCCCUAAUGUAGCAGUUGGAUACGAGGAUCCUCGUGUCAACCUCGUCAUUGGCGAUGGUGUUGCUUUCUUGAAGAAUGCUGCUGAAGGAACUUAUGAUGCAGUUAUUGUUGAUUCUUCGGACCCGAUUGGUCCAGCAAAAGAGCUAUUUGAGAAACCUUUCUUUGAGUCAGUGAAUAGAGCUCUUCGUCCUGGUGGUGUUGUGUGCACACAAGCAGAAAGCUUGUGGCUUCACAUGGACAUCAUCGAAGACAUUGUUUCGAAUUGCCGUGAGAUCUUUAAAGGAUCUGUUAACUACGCUUGGACUAGCGUUCCAACUUACCCGAGCGGAGUCAUUGGAUUCAUGCUUUGUUCGACUGAAGGACCACAUGUCGAUUUCAAGAAGCCAUUGAAUCCAAUAGAUGCUGAUGAAAGCUCUAUCAAAUCACAUGGACCCUUGAAGUUUUACAACGCUGAGAUUCACUCAGCCGCUUUCUGCUUACCCUCUUUUGCUAAGAAGGUGAUUGAUUCGAAAGCCAACUAGAAAGAGAAGAGAAAUCGUUUACUUAUGAAAAAUUUCGCGUAGAGAUGAAUCAUGAUGAUGUUGAUGAAUAAAAAGUUUCAGUUUUU